UUUCCUUGCGUACGUGUUACACAAGCUGUCCACCGUGUCACAAGCAGUCCAGAGCUCUACAGCCGUCUCCACCGAGGAAUCUCCAUCUUAUCGUAUGUCCGCUAUCCAGAACCUCACAUCUUUCGACCCCUUUGCUGAUGCAAGUAAAGGUGAUGACUGGCUCCCAGCUGGGACAGAGGAUUCCAUCCAUAUAAGGAUUCAGCAAAGGAACGGCAGGAAGACUCUCACAACUGUACAGGGCAUUGCGGAUGACUACGACAAGAAGAAACUAGUUAAAGCUUUCAAGAAGAAAUUUGCUUGCAAUGGUACCGUUGUUGAACACCCUGAAUACGGAGAGGUGAUCCAGCUUCAAGGUGACCAGCGCAAGAAUGCUUGUCAGUUCCUUGUGGAGGUUGGACUGGCCAAAGAAGAUCAACUGAAAGUCCACGGAUUUUAAUGUGCAAGACGUGACCUCAGCGCUGCAUUAAUAAAGAUCCCUUCCUGUAAUGAGUAGCAAUAUUAAGAGCUGACCCUUGUCACAAGUUUAACUGGCUUGUGAUAAAACUUCAAAG